AUGCCGGUGAACCUGUCACUGUACCUGGUCACGGACUCGACCCCCGCCAUCUUGAAGGGGCGGGACCUGUGCACGGUCGUGGAGGAUGCCCUAAAAGGAGGUGUCACGGUAGUGCAAUACCGGGACAAAAAGAGCGAUACCGGAGAUUUGGUUAAUACGGCCAGAAGGCUGCACCAAAUCACCCAACGCUAUCAAGUCCCACUACUGAUCAAUGAUCGAGUGGAUGUUGCACUUGCUGUUGGGGCCGAGGGUGUCCACUUAGGUCAGGAUGAUAUGGACAUUGAACUUGCAAGGAAGCUUCUUCCUAAAGAUGCUAUUAUUGGCAUCAGUACAUCGAGUGUAGAGGAAGCUCAAAAGGCCGUCGCUGAUGGGGCCGAUUACCUUGGUAUUGGAACUAUGUUUGCCACGCCAACAAAAACAAACACCAAGUCUGUCAUUGGAACAGCGGGAACUCAGGUCAUUCUGAAUGCCAUUAGUCAUUCUCCCGUUGGCACUGUGUCGAUUGGUGGUAUCAACCACUCCAAUGUCCAGCGGGUGCUCUACCAGUCGCAGUCCCCGAAGAAGGCCUUAGAUGGAGUGGCUAUUGUGAGCGCUAUUGUGGCUGCCGAUGACCCCCAGGCUUCAGCCGAGGAGUUCGUCAAGCUCAUCGCCACACCUCCUCCGUUUGCAUCGACUAACAUAUUUCCCUCGGCCCACAAGGCUGAGGCAUUGUUGACUCGGGUGCCACAGAUCGUCACCGAGAUGGUUAAGGUACACCCACUGGUACACAACAUGAUUAACUUUGUAGUGUCUAACUUUGUCGCAAAUGUCGCAUUGUCCAUUGGCGCGUCACCAAUCAUGUCCCCCUACGGCGACGAAGCCAAGGAUUUGUGCAAGUUUGAUGGCGCUCUUCUCAUCAACAUGGGUACAUUGACCAGCGAGAGCGUGCCUAACUAUGAGAAAGCCAUCAAGGCGUACAACUCACGGGGUAACCCGAUAGUCUAUGAUCCCGUGGGCGCUGCUGCAACAGAGAUCCGCAGAAGUGCAGUUUCCCGGCUUAUGUCUGGCGGAUACUUUGAUCUGAUCAAGGGCAACGAAGGCGAGAUCCGCCAAGUCUGGGGUAGCAAUGCAGUGCACCAGCGUGGAGUUGACAGCGGACCAAGCACCCUCGACGGGUCUCAAAAGGCCGCUCUUGCACGAGACCUUGCCCGACGAGAGAGGAAUGUUGUGCUGAUGACCGGAGCCGUCGACUAUCUCAGCGACGGGCACCGUGUGAUCGCCGUGUCUAAUGGCCACCCAUACCUAGGCCAAGUAACAGGCACCGGAUGUGCCGUCGGUAGCAUUUCAGGCUGUUUCUUGACAGCCCACCGCUCUGACAAACUCCUCGCUGUACUGUCGGGUAUUCUGAUGUACGAGAUUGCAGCUGAAAAUGCUGCAGCCAAAGAUUACGUUCGCGGCCCUGGUAGUUUUGUGCCGGCCUUCCUGGACGAACUAUACGCCAUCCGUACGGCGGCGGCUAAAGGCGAUGACAGCUGGUUCGUCGGCCGGGCGAAGGUGGAAGAGGUGAAGAUUUGA